GUUCCGUCCUCUUUCCAAUUUAACCACUCCCAUCUCUUCCCCUCUCCUUCUAUAAAACCUGGAUCACACACAUUUCUUCAUUUGAUCUCUUCAUUUCCAGUUUAAAUUUCCUGCUUAAUAUAAUCUCUGAAAGCCCAAAACUUUCCACACCCAUCUCUCUAAAUCCUCUCUGCUGAGGCCUCGCCACAACUUUACAAUCUGAAAGCAUGGGAUUUGAUAAAGAAGCGAGCUCGUCAUCGCAUGUGCUUAGCGUCCCUUCCUUUCCAAGAGAAGACACCCCACUUCUAGGCAAUAAGCCUCCACUUUCCUCCACGUUCAAGACCUUCGCCAAUAUCUUCAUAGCCAUAGUUGGAGCAGGGGUGCUUGGCCUCCCUUACACCUUCAAGAAAACAGGAUGGCUCAUGGGUUCUAUUAUGCUCUUCGUUGUUGCUUUCCUUACCUACUAUUGCAUGAUGCUUCUUGUCCAUACUCGCCGCAAGCUCGAGUCUAUUCAAGGCUUCUCAAAGAUAGCCUCUUUUGGUGAUCUGGGUUUUGCUGUUUGUGGUCCCGUUGGUCGUUUUGCUGUGGAUGCCAUGAUCGUCCUUGCACAAGCUGGGUUUUGUGUUAGCUAUCUCAUCUUCAUCGCAAACACUUUAUCCUAUGUGUUUAAUCGUCAAUCGAAUGAAAAAAUUCUGGGUUUUUUGAGUCCUAAGUCUUUGUAUAUAUGGGGUUGUUUUCCUUUCCAGUUGGGCUUGAAUUCGAUUCCAACACUGACCCAUUUGGCUCCUCUGAGUAUUUUUGCUGAUGUGGUUGAUCUUGGAGCUAUGGGUGUGGUGAUGGUGGAGGAUGUGGUUGCCUUCUUAAAAAAUAAGCCUGUGUUGGAGGCUUUUGGUGGGGUUUCUGUUUUCUUUUAUGGUUUGGGUGUGGCUGUUUAUUCCUUUGAAGGGAUUGGCAUGGUGUUACCGUUAGAAUCCGAGACAAAGAACAAGGAAAAGUUUGGAAAAGUGUUGGGAUUGUGUAUGGCAUUCAUUUCUGUGUUGUAUGGAGGAUUUGGGGUUCUGGGUUACUUUGCCUUCGGUGAAGCUACCAAAGAUAUAAUCACUACUAAUUUGGGGCCAGGAUUGGUGAGCAAUCUUGUUCAGUUUGGUUUGUGUGUGAACCUGUUCUUCACAUUUCCAUUGAUGAUGAACCCAGUUUAUGAGGUGGUGGAGAGGCGAUUUUGCGAGUCUAGGUACUGUCUGUGGCUGAGAUGGGUGGUGGUUUUUGGAGUAAGCAUGGUGGCUCUGUUAGUACCCAAUUUUGCAGAUUUCUUGUCUCUUGUGGGGAGCAGCGUGUGCUGUGCUCUUGGGUUUGUGUUGCCUGCUCUGUUUCACUUGAUUGUUUUCAAGGAAGAGUUGGGUUGGAAUGGUUUGGUUAUUGAUGCGACCAUUCUAAUUUUUGGGGUCGUCGUUGCAGUCACCGGAACCUGGUCUUCUUUACUGGAGAUAUUCGAGUCCAGAUCUUCGUAAGUGGCAAGGAUUGAUUAGUCAAAUCUUCUUUCGUUGUUAUGCCAUCUUCAGAAUUGGUGGUUGGUUUUGAUGUGAGAAAAAACAGGGAACUGGACCAGGCCGGUGGCUGUUAAUUAGUGCUUAAUGACCGAUUGCUAUCGAUAUAUUUUAUGCUUUUAGUAAAAUUACAUUUAAUUGUUA